AUGGCGUACAAAAUCAGACUUACAAGGCUUGGAAAUCACCCAGAUACCGUACGAAGCAUUUUUCAACAGGGAGUCAUCCAAGCAUACUCACAGGCUUAUGAGAAAGCCUUGGACUUUUUCUUAAAUGCUUGGGAAAUGGAGAAAUUAUUGGGUGCGGGGAACCACAGCGCGGUUUGGAGAUUCAUUAUCAAUGGUGUCUUUGACAUGUGUGAUGUCUUACAGAAAGAACACAGGCAAGAACAAUUCAGGCAGGACGUUUUGGAGUUUUGUCAGCGUUUCUGGGAAGAAGAGAAGGCUUCUCCACACUUCAGCUUUACUGCAUACAAUAAAGAAAUCAUCGAUGCUAUUCUGCAUUUGUCUUCCAGCACGAAAAAAAAGAAAAGAGCGUUGGAAGACCGAUAUAAGAAAGAAGCUCUUUGGUUCUAUGAUGGCAUGCAGAAAGCUACUGAAGGAGGCUUUAACGACGAUUUUGAUCAGGCAACAGACAAUGAAGUGCUAAAUGAAAUGCUAAGGGACAGAACUGUAUUUUUGGAGACUUUAAUUAAGAUCUGUGGUGAGCUUCGUUAUCAUGAAAAACUUCUAAAGCACAAGAAAGGGAAGUUAAUGCUGUUCAAAAAAGUGCUUGUGAGAUCAGGCUUUGUUGGCAAGAGGAAACAGGAGAAACAAACACUAAGGAGGGCUGUUGAAAAUUUGUACAAAGAGACAGGAGAGGAAAGAAGUAUCAAAAGUUUUAAGGAGAGCCUCUUGGCAACUUGGCGACAGCAGUGGGAAGAAGGCAAACGUGCAGAGGAGUCAAAAUUAAAGUUGGUGGCUAGAGAAAGAAUGAUCAAGGGAAUACGGCAGCUGUGCGAGGAACUCAAAAUGAAAGAUCUUCGUAAGAGAUAUGAGAAAGAAGAUUUGAGCUUUCGUGAAAGAUUAUGGGAAAUACGAUACACUGAAAUGAAACCUAAUGUUGUGAAGAAGUUUCUUAAUGAGAUGAAAGACCUGGCAUCUUCCAUCGGAGAUCGUGAAAGAGAGAAAUUCUACCUCGCUGCUUUACAGGUAAGAUUUUUAGGCAUAGUUAGUUAUGCAGUAGAAUUUCAGUAAUUUUUCAGUAAUUUUCCUUCAUGAAUUUCUUUGCUUUGACGUUCAGAGUAUAAAUUUGUGGUCGUACACCGUUGUUUUGGAAGCAAACCAAAAUGAAUCAGGUAUAUGUGGACAAAUUUGAAAAUAAGUUAUUUAAUGUAGUUGCUUAUUUCACAGAUGAAGGUCACACACUUCAGUGGCGAAGUGACGAAAUGGCGCAAAAUUAAGGCCUUGCUACUCCACCAAAGAAGUCUGUUUUAUUGGUUGCACAAGCAUUGCUAUGUACGAUUCUUCGAUGUUAAUCCUUUCUGUCUUAUAAAUUUUCUCUUAACAGGAUUUGAGGAAGAAAAAACAGCUAAGAGUCUCGCUAAAACCGAGAGGUAACUUUUGACGAUGAUACCUUAUUACACGUUUUAAAUGGAACUUACCACUUUUUUUUAAAUAUAUUUUUGAAGGACUCAAUCUCUACUCACAUUCUUCUUUUUAUUUUUACCUUCAUAUUAUCGGUCGUCGUAAAUGAUUGUCAUCAUUAUAAACUAAGGGUCAUAUACAUUUGUAUCCUCACGAUUACGACCAUCGUCUCAGUAAUACAGCUGUAGUCCUCAUUUUUAAACGGUAACGUUUUCUGUUUUUUCUUUUGAACUAUGCUUUUUGAACUUUUUUUCUACCAUUGUAAUCAGGUUUGUUCGUUGUAAAAUACUCUUUCUACGUUAUGAGAAAAAUUUAUUAUUUGCGCGGCGAAAUAAAACUCUUUUACAUGAUUGUGCACUCUUCUAGUAAACCCUCGCGUAGAAAAAACGUUCCUCUCCAUUUUUUCACGUUUUCUGUUUUUAUGAUGUCGGUAAUUUCUCCUGUGGGUAAGUAUUUUUGGUAGGGCGUACACGAAGACACUUAAAAUUCGUUAUUAUCCAAAUUGUUUUUUUUAAUGUUUUUUUAAUCUCAAAUAAUUCAAAUAGACAUCAAGUCUUUGCCUGAACAAACAUCCUUGGAUGCUCGCGAAGGGAAAGAAGAGGCUAAAGUAGAUGCUGAAGAAGACGUUGAAGCAGUGCCAGUGGAGGUCACUCAGUUAGCAUCCGAGGAAGUGAUUUUAGAAGGGUCAGAAGGAAAUGCUGAAGUGUUGUUCAAGGAAGUAAUCACUUCAUCACUUCACGUGAUACCAGGUGUUUUUUCGCGUUAAUACCCUAACCACGUUGUUAUAUUUUGUAUGGUGUAAAUGAAGACACAAAAAAAUUCGUUAUUAACUGAUUUUUUUUUUAAUUUCUUCUUAAUCCCAAGUUUCUCAAGUAGUAGUAGAAUGUUUGCUCGAAAAAUCCCCGUCGGAUGCCUACGAGGGGAGAGAAGAGACUGAAGAGAAAGAUGAGGAAGACUUUCUAUCGGUAGCAGUGGAGGCCGCUGAGUUAACAUUCGAGAUGGUGAUUAUAGAAGGGUUAGAGGAAGAUGUUGAAGUGGUGUCCAAUGAGGUAAAUGAAGACGUCGGUGGAGAAGUGUCCAUUCAUAUGAUACCAGGUAACUUGUCGUGUCGGUAGCCUAGUCACAUAGCUAUUUUGUAUGAUGCAGAUCUAGACAUUUAAUUCGCUGUUGUCUGUCUUUUUUUUUUAAUCGUAAGUCCUUCAAGAGGAAAUGAAGUGUUUGCUCGAACAACCAUCCUCGAAUACUUGCGAGGGGAAGGAAGAUACUAAAGUAGAAGCUAAAGAAGACGUUGAAGCCGUGUCGGUGGAAACCACUGAGUUAGCUUCCGAGGAAGUGUUGACAGAAUGGUCAGAAGAGGAUGCUGAAGUGGUCUCCAAGGAGGUAACUGCAGACUUCGUUGGAGAAGGAUCCCUACAUGUGAUGCCAGGUAAUUUCUCGGUACCCUAACCACAUUGUACUUUUUUGCACAUGAAAACACCUUAAAUUCGUUAUCAUCUUCGUUUCCUUCUUCUCUUUUCUUGAUCUCAAUUCCUUAAAGUAGGAUUAAAAUCUGUGCUUGAACAACCUUCCUCGAAUGCUGGAAAAGAGAAAGACGAGACCGAAGAAGAAGCUGAAGUCUUUUCGGAGGAAGCCACGGAAUUAGAGAUCAAGGAAGUGAUUUCAGAAGGGUGUGGAGGAAAUGUUGAGGUGGCGUCCGAGGAGGUAACUGAACAGCCAACUGAAAAACAAUUACAAGGAACCAUUACCAGAGGAUCAGUCAAAGACGUUGAAGCAAAGUCUGAAGACGAAUUUGAAGUUGAUGGCAGUUAUAGUGUCAUGAACACGCGAAGCGUUGUUGUUAUUAAGUAAGUAUUCGUUGAGUAAGUUAUAUACGCAAAGGGAAAUACAGUCAAACUUCCCUGCAGGUGCAUGUACUGAAGAAAGGGAUUGUGUCCUUAUUAUAUAUAUGUGCCUGAAUCUGCGAGCGGGCAAGAUGAAAUUAUGUGAUCUGAUUGGCUACCCAAAAGGACAAGAUGGACGCAUCUUGCCUGCUCGGGAUUUCCCGCGUUGGUCACGCAAGAAAAAGUUCUCGUUAAGUUGGACAAUAUGGUAAUUCCUUUGUGAAAGUAAGCUUGUUUGGUCAAGAUGACUGAAUGUUGUUCUCGUUUUUUUCGUGCGUUUUUGUUGACCCCGGCUUCGUCUCGGUCCAUAAAUACCCCAAAAGACCUUGGGCAAUAUUCAGCCAUCCUAACUGAACAAGCUUGGUCAAAAACGCAUGCAUAAUUUUGCAACUAAAUUGACUUUCAAUUGUUUUAGGAAUGGGUUCGUUUUCACUGGUAGGGUUCCUGAUCCAUUUUCGUAUUAAGAGGUUGUGCACUUUGUUUUCGGUAACAUGGAGAGGUCUUUUUCUUGAAGUGUCAGUUAAUAGUUGCAUUUAAGUUCAUCAUAAAGCGAAUACCAGUGUUUUGUAAAAGAAGAGAUUGGAAGAGUGUAGAAGGAAUUUAGAUGAUUGGCAUCACCGGCAUAUUCAUUGUGGGCUGUUCCAGAGUAUGUGCAUGGCUACAAGACGGCACUUCUCGCUUUAAAAAUUAUUAUGUAGAUAAAUACCUAUAGCUUUAUCACUGGCUAUAAUCCCAUUCGUUCCAACAAUUACGCUUACUUAAAAUUUAAGUGUUUUUGGUAAGUGGCGAUCAACGCCGCGGGAUGUUUCGUCCGAAACAUAUAUUGAAUUGCAACGUUUAUUUUAAAAGGUAUGGAGUACCCUGUGGUGUCUUAAAACCUUAAUUUGUUUAAUUUUUUAAGGGAUACAGUGACCAAACAAGGAGCCCAUUGGAAUCUUAAAAAAAAAGAAGGCACAUGUAAUAUUCCCUCCUGAUGCUGUGUCUGAGGAAAGGACAAUCACUGUCCUUAGAUGGAAUUCGUCAGUUUGUUCCCCUCCUUUGAACAACAAUGAAGCUCUUGUUAGUGGCAUUAUUGAGCUAUCGACCGACAGUGCUCUUGAUUUCAACAAAGUUAUCACGCUUGUAAUUUCCCAUUGCGCGGGAGACUUAAAGGGGUUUGAGGUUUUGGCGAAAAAACUACUUGACAGGGAGAGUAACGUGUGGGAUGACAUUUCUGAAACGGUUGACAUGCGGUCAUCAGCAGGUAAGGAAGAAGUUGGCGAUGAGACAUGUAGUUAACUCAGUUUUAAAACGGAUUAUCCCCGCUUUGUCCCAGGAUUCGUUUAAGAAAAAGGGCGGGGUUGGGGGGGGGGGGCAGUAUUUAAACUGGCUGAUGCCUAGUAGGAGACCAUCUGCGUAAGUAGCUAAAGAAACACUUCCGUGACUUUCACAAGCGACCUGCUACUAGAGGAUGACUUCUUCAUGCAGGUUUUAUUAAUCCAAGUUUGACUGCAUCACGAAACUGAAAGACUGCAUGUUUUAUUACAGACACCAGGAAACUGAGAGACCCUGCCUCGUCAAAUGAUAUUCCUGAUUAUUUUCUGCCGGUUGUUAAAUUUGAAACUACACAGUGCUCAACAUUUGCAGUUGUUUCCCGUCUUAAAUCGAACGAGUUCACUGUUACCUCCGGCGGAAAAGUCCUUUCCUUGCCUGAGUAUCCACAUUUCAGUGUUUUUAUUCCUCACAACGCUGUACAGGAAGGCAAAGAACUUCAUAUCAAUGUCAAGGUUAGUUUUUUAUAUAUUUAUUUAUGACUGAUUUUUUGAUUUUACGUAAUACCGGAAAAAAGAUUACCCUAGCCCGUGGAAUUCCGAAGUUGUUAUUAGUUGUUACGUCCUGUAUACUGUAGGUUGAGCAGUGACUCAUAAUCACCAAGUGUGCGGUACACAUUGCUAUGACUGAGAUAAUGUGGAUUGGCUCACGGCAAAGACUUGCUGAUACUCUUACCUAUCGACUGUACAAAGACGAUCUCGCAGUCAGUGAUCUGUUUUGUUAAAAAAAGAUAACAAAAGGGAGGGGGGAGAGGGGUCCUGUGCACGUCUUGUGUGUUGAACAUUGUAAAUCAAACGCUGUUAAUUGAGAUAUGAACUCUGAUGUUUCAGCAAUAUAGGAGUUUAUAUCUUAGCCUGCAAGGCAGUCCUUUUUUCAUGAGCGAGAUUAAGUUGCUUGUUUGUAUGCGUUAUUGACCACUCGUCUUCGUUCAAGAUGCCUGAAUAUUGGCCAAGUUAUUUUUUUUUCGCGUUUUCAUAGACCGAGACGAAGUCGAGGUCAAUAAAAACGCAAAAAACGAACAAGGCCUAUAAUCAGCCAUCUUGAACGAAGAAGCGUGGUCAAUAAAUGAUUUAUUUUAUGGCCAAAACGAUAACUUUUUCUUGUGGGCCAACGAAGGAAAUACCGAGCGGGCAAGACGGGACCAUCUUGCCCGUUCGCGUAGCCAAUCAGAACGCAGGAUUGGCCUCAUCUUGUGCGCUCGGAGAUUCAGCCAUAUAAUAAAUGUUCGUAUUAUGCCCGCCAUCUUUGAUUUUCUUACAGAGGAAGAUUAGGUAAGAGUAGAAAAUACAACUCUUGAGGUAGGCAUUAGGAUGAGAGAAGGAGGCGGGGAAGGGCGAGGCCCCCUUGAGUCGCCCCAACUUCUCGACUUUGUUAGAAUUCAGUAUUGCGGUUACGCGACCAAAAAACAAUCGCACCCGAAGGAAAUUUUUCUUGACGAUCAGUUUUGUUAGUUAAAUUUUAUAUUGACUUUGUAACUGCUGUUGAAAUUGAAGUUUCAUGCGUUGUUGUUUCAUGUGCAGAUUGAAGGGUGUGUGUUGAUAACGAAAUUUGUCGUGGUUCGAUAAUUAUUAAAGUUUCUAAGACGAUUUCCUCUCGCACAGGUGCACUUAAAAGGCUGACGAUCAUUGUGACGAACUGUUAAAAGAUUAUUCGGAUUUUCUUCACUUAAGAAAUUUAAUGGCACUUAGUGCCAUUAAAAGCACUCGUGCGAUGCCACAGGAAUUUGAAAUCUAUGUGCAUCAACAGUUGGUAUCUCUUACCUUCCCUUUCCUUGGCUCGUUGUGUUCAUUUCUGUUUGCCUGUUUACUAAGUACGCGUUGCUAUGGGAUAACACUAUAACAGUAACAGUGUCUGUUUUCUCUCGCAUUGGCACAGAUAACUUGCACAUGAAGCUGAUCAGCUGUUAGUGUAAACGUUAUUGAAUCAGUUUUGCAGAUCACCUCUCGCUACCAAUAAUAGAAAUAAGAAAAUGUCAAAGAAAAGGUGUAGUUCAGUGUUCGAAAUUGCAGAACCUUCUAAUGUGCUUUCUUUCUGCAAUUAGUUACAAGAAAUUCCUCACAGAACAUUUAGAGGGAUGGAGAUUUGGGCCAGCCCCAUACUCAGAUCAGAAAUUACACACUAUACAGGUUCUGACUCACUGCAGUUUAGAGAACCUGUAACUGUUCAGCUUCCAUUGUCACUCAGGAAGGAAAGUUGUGAGGCUCCUGGUGACCUGUCGUCGUGCCGCGUUCGCAUCUGGUGUUUAGAGUCAGCUUCAGAUCGAGAGAAAUGGACUGACAUAACCGACCGCCUUUUCACUCCUGCAAGUUUUAAUAGAAUGGCAAUCAAUUUCGGCGUCAUGCCCUUCUCUGGGCCCUUCUUUGGGUAUGUAACUUUUGUAAUUGUUAUCCAAUAUGCUGUAAUUUGGCCAUGUACUCAGAUUGUCCUAUUCGGAAAUUAUUUGCAUGAUGCUACUUGGUCCAUGGUUACUCCAGCUCUGAUUCUGUCCACACGUCUUUACAGUGUUUAUAUCCUUCCCGUGUGGACGUCCAAAAACGUAUAAUUCAGAAUGUGUUUGCCAAGGUAAAGGAACUCAUGUGGCCAUAUCCUUAGAAAGGAAGCAAAAUCCUCAAAUAUCUUCCCAAAAGUGCACGCUCUUUUAGGUUGAGUUGCAAUAUGUGCAAAGCACAUAUUGCUUGAAUUAAGCACUCCAGUAAAACGCUGAAGUUCGUUUCAUUUUAAUUUAUAGAACUUCCAGAGAUUAGGUACAAGGGACCGCUGAUUUUAUUUCUUCCAGUCGUUACUAAUUGCAAUUAAACUUGAGUCUGCGUGGCAGCCGUUCGAAAGGGAAGGGGAAGGGAAUCGAGGUACACGCGAGGGAGACGGGAGGAGGGGAACUUCGCCCGAAAUCCCCUUCCUCUUACCUUUCGAAGCCUACUACGCAGGCUAGUUAAGCUUAAAAGCUUGAUAAGUUUAUCCUGCUGCUCCAUUCAUCUUCCAGCACAUAAUGUGCCAUUGUUUGGAAGCAGGUUUUGGUGUUGGAUCGAAUGGUGCGCUCAGCCAGUGGUCUGGCUCGUACGUGAAGCGUUUUCUUGCAAUGCAACAAGAGCAGGGUUCUGGCUUGGAGAUGAAAGUUCCUCAGAAUGGAUGUGUUCCAACGACAAGACAGAAGUAUUCCUUUCGGAAGAUAUCGUGAAGCCUGUAAAACAUGAAGUACAUGUCCGGUAAGAAUUAAUGGGGGAAAGGGGGUCCGUUUAAAGGGACUGAUCCAACAUGCUGAUCCAGCAUCAUCUAACAUUGGAUGAUCAUCAUCCAAUCAAUUGAUGGUAAGAAAGAAGUGGAUCAACUUCGUCAAAACGUCGAGGCCUACAACAGCUACUCAAACGUAGGCUCCGACAACAGAUUCGUUUAAGCCAAAAUAAAACUCUUCAGAAAAACCCAUUUAUAAUUGAAACACUCUCAACUGCUUGAUUAUAACUUUUCAAAGAGUCUGAUAAUGAUAUUCGUCAUAGCAAUAGGUCGAAGUUGGUGGCACUCGUUGAUUCAUGUUCAGAUAAGGUGUAAAUACCCUCAUUUAUUGGAUCUAUUUAGGUUUCUGGGAAACUGCCCACCUACCCCUCCCCCAAGCCAAUAUUAACACUUACUUCUCGUUUAGGGCAAAAUGUUGAUUUAAAGGAGGGGUAGGUGGGCAGUUUUCCAGAAACCUAAGUUGAUCCCAUUCAUUAUAAAAAGCAUCCACAAGCAGAGGGUUUUCUUAAGGUAGUUAAUGCUCCUAACCCGUGAGAAACGGGUUGGGAAUGAAGUACUCUAUCAACAGGUGAGGGUCACUAAGCUCAUAACUAGUCUAGCCUGUUAAAUAAGGGUUGAAGAAAGUCCGUCUCCUUUCCAGGGGUGCAGGUCAGAAUGCCCAGAGGGAGGUCCUUACUCCUGUCUCGAUUUUCAUCUUAGGAGCGAUGACGCUUACGUUAAGGUUGAUGUUGUGAUGAUAAGCCCCAGGGACUUAAAGCUACUCAGAAGCAUAAAGGUAAACGAAAAUGAAUUGUUGUUUGAACUGGCACUACCUCUUCCUCGUUUACUAAGUGAACCUUACGCGUAAGUACAGUUAUUUCAAAAUGACUGUAAUAAUUAAUUAUAGAUAUAAUAUCUUCUAAGCGAAGAUGCCCUCCAGGCGCUGGAAUUUAAAUACUGAGCUUCUGAAAAAUCACGCUGCUGUUAAUCAAUACUCUCGUGGUGCAGCAUUAAGACAAUGUAACUGUUGUUAAGUGAAAUUUUAGUUAUUUUGUUUGCUUUUUACACCUAGACAAACUUAAGGUUGUGCUUAGUAGGCAUGUUUAUUUUACAUGAUACAUUUAACAAGCUUGACCUUGCUGUUCAUGAGAUUCAGUUGUCGACAGAGAAUUAAGUUUUGGGAUAAGCACCCUUGUUAAACUAACAUUUGUAAUAUAUUUAACUAGACUACGAUGUAGUUGAUUCCUCUUUCAGACUUCGCGAUCAGUUGUAAAGCCAGACCAAGGUUGUAGCUCUAGUUGUGCUUUUAAGAAUCGUCUUAAGUAAGGUAAAAGGUCGAAAAAGGAAAUGAUUGUUUCCGUCAAGCACACAUUCUAAAGGAAAGGUUGACUUGUGUUAGCGCACACAACUGUCGCAAAACUUGUAAUAAAGACAGUUGGUUCGAUAAGAAUAUACGAAUCGUAAUCCAGACAUCUAUAGAGUUUAUGUUAAAGGGGUUAUCAGUAUCAGUUUUUCAGAUUUAUAUUUUACAAGCGCACUAUAUAUUUAAGAGCCAAAAUAAUCUCAUGAUCAAAAAUAGAUCGUUAUUCUAUCUUGUGGGGACAUUGUUUCCUAAGAAACAUUGAAUUUCUUCCGAUUAUGCAGCGCAAUCUGUGAAAGUGUUAAACGAAGUCGUGCGGUUAGCGUGGCUUGGGUCUGUUGACUGAAAAGUUUGUAUGGGCUGCUCUCGAUGAUAGCUUAGAGAAAGUACAAGUAAAAGAACGGUUAUUACGGAAUAUUAUUUAGAUUAAAUAUAACGAACGUUUACCAUUAUUAGCUUAAGUGCCAGUCAAUUUCUUGAAAUCCUCUCUCUCCGUCUUUAGGAAAGCGUUACUGAUGGACGGUCAGCCUCUUUCGUGAGAGGCCCUUUAAGGGUAACACUUAUCGGAGAUCAGUGGGGACCAUCAAUGGUCGGGUUGUCUACGCUGAACAGGGAGUUAGCAAAAACCCUUGCACGUCAGCCUGGGGUGGAAGUAACUAUUCUACUGCCACAUUACAGUGAAAGAGAGAAGCAAGAAGCUAAUGACUGUCAAGUGAGCCUGGCCACACCAGAGCCAAUGACUGGGUUUGAUUCCAUCCGAGCAUUGAGCUUUACUAGAGUAGAUCAUGAUAUUGAUGUUGUUGUAGGCCAUGGUCCGAAGCUGGGAGUACCAGCCCAGGUCAUAGCAAAACAGCGCAGGUGCAAACGAGUUCAUAUAGUACACACUGCCAGUGAAGAGCUUGCAAUGUUUAAGGAAGGCGAAACCGCGAUACAUGAAGGCAAGGGGAAGCACCGAACUGAAAUGUAUUUGUGUGAGGAAGCUGAUGUCGUCGUUACAAUUGGACCUAAGCUAAAGGAAGCUGUCUCAGCCGAUCUUCGGUUGUGCGGUAGAGAUGAAGAUGUGAUAGACAUCACAGCUGGAAUCUUUUGGGAGCUCGCAAAGAUGGAUCAAGCCAGUCAGGAGAGAGAACAGUUCCGCAUCUUAGUGUUUGGUUGCGGUAACAUGGAAGAUUUUGAGCUAAAAGGAUACGAUAUAGCUGCUAAAGCUGUAGGAAGCUUAAGAGAUGAAAACUACCUUCUUCAAUUUGUCGGGGCACCAAAAGGUAACGAAGAACAAGUUAUAAAGAGGUUACUGAAGUGUGGCAUUCCUCUCACACAGUUAAGGGUUGGACCAUUUCCUGAGAGUCGCGACGAAACAAAAAAACUUUUGUGUAAGGUGGAUCUUGCCAUUAUGCCGUCACGAACGGAAGGCUUUGGCCUCACCGCUCUCGAAGCACUCUCCGCUGGCCUUCCUAUUUUGGUAAGUAGCAAUUCGGGAUUCGCUCAAGCUAUUCGCAAAGUAGAAUUCGGAGAUUCGUGCGUGGUAUAUUCCCAUGAUCCCGUAGAGUGGGGUAAAGCUAUCAGACGUGUGAAAAAGACACCAAGGAAACUCCGGCUAAAGGAAGCAUGCUAUCUCCGAAAGUACUAUGACAAAGAGUACAAUUGGGAGAAACAGUGUAAGAUGCUUGAAAAUAAAAUGCGAGAAAUUCUCCAUAAAGCUCCGAGGAAACACUCAAGGUUGAUACUUGUUGAUAACUAUGAACCUUCUCGCUAA